AGCAGAGCGGACAGGGGCGCGCCUGAGGCGCGCACAGCUUUCGGGCUGCAGGCGCUUGUUGCGCCUGGGGAAUUGGGCUGUGGGCGAGGCAGCCCAGGCUGGCCUUUAUCUCUCGCCGGGCCCAUCGUUUGAAACUUUAUCAGCAAGUCUCGCCACUCGUCGCAGACGCGAGCGGGGGGCGGGGGCGCGGCGAGGCGCCGGGGCCGUGACGAGGCGCUCCCGGAGCUGAGCGCUUCUGCUCUGGGCACGCAUGGCGCCCGCACACGGAGUCUGACCUGAUGCAGACGCAAGGGGGGUUAAUAUGAACUCCCCUCUCCGUGGAAUCUGGCUCUGGCUCCCUCUGCUCUUGACCUGGCUCACCCCCGAGGUCAGCUCUUCAUGGUGGUACAUGGGAGCUACAGGUGGCUCCUCCAGGGUGAUGUGCGAUAAUGUGCCAGGCCUGGUGAGCAGCCAGCGGCAGCUGUGUCAUCGACACCCAGAUGUGAUGCGUGCCAUUGGCCUGGGCGUGACCGAGUGGACUUCAGAAUGCCAGUACCAGUUCCGCCAGCACCGCUGGAAUUGCAACACUCUGGACAGGGAUCACAGCCUCUUUGGCAGGGUCCUACUCCGAAGUAGUCGGGAAUCUGCCUUUGUUUAUGCCAUCUCCUCAGCUGGAGUUGUAUUUGCCAUCACCAGGGCCUGUAGCCAAGGAGAAGUAAAAUCCUGUUCCUGUGAUCCAAAGAAGAUGGGAAGUGGCAAGGACAGCAAGGGCGUUUUUGAUUGGGGUGGCUGCAGUGAUAACAUUGACUAUGGGAUCAAAUUUGCCCGUGCAUUUGUGGAUGCCAAGGAAAGGAAAGGAAAGGAUGCCAGAGCCCUGAUGAAUCUUCAUAACAACAGAGCUGGCAGGAAGUCUGUAAAGCGGUUCUUGAAACAAGAGUGCAAGUGCCACGGGGUGAGCGGCUCGUGUUCUCUCAGGACAUGCUGGCUGGCCAUGGCUGACUUCAGGAAAACGGGCGAUUAUCUCUGGAGGAAGUACAAUGGGGCCAUCCAGGUGGUCAUGAACCAGGACGGCACGGGUUUCACUGUGGCUAACGAGAGGUUUAAGAAGCCAACAAAAAAUGACCUUGUGUAUUUUGAGAAUUCUCCAGACUACUGUAUCAGGGACCGAGAGACAGGCUCCCUGGGUACAGCAGGCCGCGUGUGCAACCUGACUUCCAGGGGCAUGGACAGCUGUGAAGUCAUGUGCUGUGGAAGAGGCUACGACACCUCCCAUGUCACCCGGAUGAUCAAGUGUGGGUGUAAGUUCCACUGGUGCUGUGCCGUGCGCUGUCAGGACUGCCUGGAAGCCCUGGAUGUGCACACAUGCAAGGCACCUAAGAGCGCUGACUGGACAAGCCCCACAUGAUCCCAGCAGAGGUCACCAUCCACCUUCCCUUCUACAAGGACUCCACUGGAUCUGCAAGGACACUGGACCUUCGGGUUCUCUCUGUGGGGAUAUUUCCUAAGGCAUGUGGUCCUUGUCUCAACAGAAGCCCCCUCUUCCUCCCUGGGGGCCUCAGGACAGGGGGCCGCAUGCUGCACCUAAAGCCUACCCUAUUCUAUCUGUCUCCCAGCAUUCUGGGGUCAUCUCCCUUCCUGGUGAGCUCUCUUUGGAAAUAGCAUGACAGGCUAUUCAACCGGGAGGGUGGUGGGUCCAGACCACUGUCUCCACCCACCUUGACUUUUCUUCAUUCUAGAGCAGUUGCCAGGUAGAAAAAAGAGUGUCUAAAAGGAGCUUUCUCAAUGUCUUUCCACCUACAAAUGCUCCUAAUUAAGAAAUUCCACACUUCUCUCUGAUGGGUACAGUAAAGAAAGCAGAAUCAAUUGCCACUGACUUAACUUUGAUUUUUGAAAAGACCACGACUUUUGUCUGAUUAAGUGAUUUUACAGCUACCACCCCUAGGGGUAAUUGGUAAUUACCUGGAGAAGAAUGGCUUUCAAUACAUUUUUAAGUUUAAAAUGUGUAUUUUUAAGGCAUUUAUUGCCAUAUUAAAAUCUGAUGUAACAAGGUGGGGACAUGUGUCCUUUGAUACUAUGGUGUGUUUUAUCUUUGUAAGAGCAAAGCCCUCAGAAAGGGAUUGCUUUGCAUUACUGUCCCCUCAAUAUUAAAAGUCUUUAGGGAAUGAGACUUCCUUCUCACAUAGAACCUGGAGGGAAUUAAAAAGAAGAUGAAUGGUCUGGCAAUAUUCUGUAAAGAUUAGGUAGAAAAUAAUUUAGUGAAUGGAAUAUGAGAAAUAUAUCUGUACAGAUGAAGAAAAAAGGGAGAAUAAAAUUCCUGUCU